ACGUUUUGUCUCUAGUCUAGUGCAAAGCGGCUAAAUCGCCCCCUGCCGGUUGCCCCACUCUUCUGCAAGAGCGCAUGCAUUUUCACAGUAAAUACAUUAGGAGUAGCAUCGCAUAUCCUUUUCCACACGAGUCUGUUUUUUUUUUGUUUUGUCUGUUUAAAUAGUCCUUUGUUUACAUGCAAUUCCUUACUCUGCGGAAGGAGGCUUUGGCAGUGCUGGGUGAUUCUUACCAGCUGUUUCCCGCCUUGUAGGAGACAUCUGAUCAGCUGCAGAAAGUACACACACGCACACGUACAUACAGCCAGGGAGAGAGAGCGCCACACACACGCAGAGGAAAUCCCACCAGCUGAGAGGCGAAUAACAUUACAACUUGCGCACACGACACGGAGGCUUACAACACCAAUUCAAAAAAAAAAAAAAAGAAACAAAAACGUGGAAUCGUGCAAGAAAAUUAAGGGAGCUAACAGCGGAAUCGAAACUGGGACGAAAGCAUGGAGUAUUUCAUGGUACCGAGUCAGAAGGUGCCGUCUUUACAGCAUUUCAGAAAAACGGAGAAAGAAGUGAUCGGGGGUCUCUGUAGCCUGGCCAACAUCCCGCUGACGCCAGAGACCCAGCGGGACCAGGAGCGGCGCAUCCGGCGUGAGAUCGCCAACAGCAACGAGCGCCGGCGCAUGCAGAGCAUCAAUGCAGGAUUCCAGUCCCUGAAAACACUGAUCCCACACACUGACGGGGAGAAGCUCAGCAAGGCUGCCAUUCUCCAGCAGACAGCGGAGUACAUCUUCUCACUGGAGCAGGAAAAGACUCGGCUGCUGCAGCAGAACACGCAGCUGAAGCGCUUCAUCCAGGAGUUCAGCGGCUCGUCCCCGAAGCGGAGACGCACGGAGGAGAAGGACGAGGGAAUCGGCUCCCCGGAUAUCCUGGAGGAUGACAAGGCAGAGGACCUGCGCAGGGAGAUGCUCGAGCUCCGGCAGCAGCUGGAUAAGGAGCGUGGCGUCAGGAUGAUGCUGGAAGAGCAGGCGCGCGCUCUGGAGGCACACAUGUACCCCGAGAAGCUGAAGGUGAUCGCUCAGCAGGUGCAGCUGGAGCAAGAGCUGGAGAGCCUGGAGAGGGAGAGAGAGACGCAGCCGCCCGCACAGACCUGCCAGCUGUUGCUGCCAGCCUCUCCCCCUGAGCCCACCCACCACGCCACAGUCAUCGUGCCAGCCCCGCCCCCAACAGCGCAUCACGUCACCGUGGUAACCAUGGGGCCUACCUCCGUCAUCAACACAGUGUCCACAUCACGACAGAACCUGGAUACCAUCGUGCAGGCAAUCCAGCACAUCGAGGGAACACAGGAGAAGCCCAGCGAUGAGGAGCAGCGGCGAGCGGUCAUCGUCACGCCGGUCAGGGCAUUCUCGGAGCUCGGCCACGACUCGGACACGGCGUCGGACAGCGAGGGGGAGAGGAUGAAGGAGCUGCCCUGAUGGAAGGAGGAGUUGGAGGAUCCUGCUCCCGCUGCUGCUGCUGCUGCUGCUGCUGCUGCUCGCGCCGCUGCUGGGGGACGAUCCAUUCGGCGUGGAGUGUCAGCUCGAUUUUCAACCCAACGCAAAUAGGUCUUUUUUUCAGACCUUACCGAUACUGUACAAAACUAAAACAAGGAAUUCUUCUUUUUUUUUAAUCAAUGUUCUGCCCAAACCCUAACCCAACCCACCUUUUCAUUUUUAUUUUUUCCUUUUUUUAUUAUUGUUUGUUUUGUAUUUUGUGAAGUUCUGGGGAGGCUUUGCACAGCUGGACACUGUGAGGGAAUCAUUUUCAGGCUUAGGAUAGAGGAAAUGUUAUGUCUGUUGGGUGCGCUUCACGGAUAUGUUGUGCAUACUGGAUUAAUAAACACACACACCCCUAAGGAACACUUUCUAAGGGUUUCCACUCAAAUCUCAUACAGUUGCCCAGUCUUGCGGUGCCCUACGUGUUGUAUGCUACUUAAAAACAAAACAGCUCUUAGGCAAGUUUACAUUUUAUUGAAGCCGUGAUGAUUGCGUUGUAUAAAACUGAAAGACUGCCGUGCUGCUUUCUGAAGCAAUAAGCUGUUGUGUGGUCAGGGUAUUACCACAGAAUAAGCUAUUCCACAAGUAAAACGCAAUGGGCUAAUGAGUCCAUUAACACAGGGUGUGUAUUACAGUGUGUCUCUAUCUGCACACUUGUACCUGAUCAAUAUUAAGCCCCACUUUUUAAUAUGCUGUACCCUACUUCAUCGCGGGACGGUGCGAAGUAUCGGACAAUUCAUGUGUAGAUACAAGCACGCGAGGGCUGCUCAUCAAACCGUUUGUCUGAAUCGAUUGCUGUUUCAUUUUGGUACUUUUGUAAAUCAUUUACUAAGUCCUUGUUUUUUUUUGGUUUUUUUUUGUUACACCCAGAACUGGCCAGCCUGCUAGUUUAUAUAUUUGUUAUCGUGUGGUAUGAUGCAGUGUAAAAGCUGACAUAACGACCAAUUGAGCCCCAGAGGAGGUUCGACUGUGUGUGUGUUUAGACCGUGUGCGUGUGGGGCAUUUGGAGUUGGGUAUAUACAAGUUCUCGCUAGCGUGUGUGUUUCUGUAUCGUUUAGUCUCACUACCGUCUAUAUGUUCGUCCUCGUCCUCCUGCCCGAGUGGAAAUGAGUCCGUCCUACUGUAUAUUUUCCCCAACGUUUUCUUACGUGGAAAUUCAACGUCAUUUUGCCUUUUUAAAAAUAUCCCCACAGUACAGGGAGUGUGGGAGCUCACUGUGUUCUACCUGGUAUUCUGCUCUGUUCUAUAACGUGAGGUGCGCUCACAGAAACGGUUCCUUUAGCUUGGCUCUUAAUUGGUCUAAUCAACACCCAUUGUUGAAUACUGAAGCCUGCUGCUUCAGUAGCAGCCUCGUCCUUCACCUCCCCCAGUAGGAAUGGAGAGCUGCACACAAUGAAUCUAAUUCAACUGGAAACUACACACACACACACACACUGACUGUAUGGCAAUUUGUAAUAACGACAAAAUGAAAUGUACAAUCAAACUACACAAUGAUAAUUAUUACUGUUAUUAAAGCAAUCAAGUCAUGCAUGCUUGCCCCCCCGCCAGUAUGUCUAAAGAUUUAUACUGUGCUCUUGUAAAUGAAUCUCUCUCUGUCUCUCUCUUCUAGUCACGCUCUCUGUCUGCUCUGAGACUGCUUUGUUUCAGACUCUAGUCACAGUACACUCUUUGAGGCUGUUCGGAUUCUUUUUCGAGAAGUUUUGCUCUCAAACAAACCAGUCGGACAAUUCUAAUGCAUUCUGUAAUUAAAAUAAUGCUAUAGAACAGGUUUAUAGAAAGAAUGCUCUCAAGCUUAUUUGCAUGUAUGGAUUUAAACAUGUGGAUAUAUAAUCAUGAAUCCUUUUCGAGUCUAAACGAUUUUGAAGGGGGGGGUGGUAGGGGCUAGUAGACACAUUUCCUCUAUCGAAAGCCGGUUGUUUUAUGUUGGGGGGGGGCACAAACAUAUCAAAGGUUUAGGAGGGAUGGGGGCUUCAGCAUGGGAUGAAUACUUUAAGCACUUAACUUUGUGAUUUUUUUUUUUUUAAGGAUUUUGAGCUCUUCUUACUGUGAGUGUGUAUGCCCAGCAGUUGUUGUGUAACCCCCCCCCCCAUGUCAGUAUCAGUCUCUGUAGUUCUUAUUUGGAAUAGUCUAGCAUCUCUCUCUCUCUCUCUCUCUCUCUCUCUCUCUCUCUCUCUCUCUCUCUCUCUCUUUCUUCCAUAUUACAGAACGUUUUUUGUUUUCUGUUCAUGGUUUAUGUUGAACGGGAUAAGUCCCAUGUGGUCGUUGAGAAGCUAUUAUAUUUUGUUUAAAAAAGCAAGGCGUGUGCCUUUGUAAAGAAAGACAAUAAAGUUUGUACUUUGUUUUUUA